AUGCAGAUCGCAUUCCUCCUGUCCCUUACAGCCCUGGCCAGCAUGAGCACCGCCCAAUCGGCAGGCUGCAACAAGAAUAUACCCUCCAAAUUCCCAACCCCGGGAUCAAGCACGAGCCUCAAACUUCCAGGCUCGGACCGCCAAUACAGAUUAUAUAUCCCAGCCAACUAUGACAAAAGCACUCCAACAGCGCUCUACUUCUCCUUUCACGGCGCCAGCCGUGACAUGCUAGAAGAGGAAGAGCUUUCGCAAUUCUCCAAUCCAGAAUUCAAUCCCAAUGGAGUCGCCAUCUACCCCGACAGCAAGAAUGGAUACUGGCUCUCCAAUCCAAGCGCAGAUAUAUCACGCCCAAAUGAUCUGGAUUUCACAAACGAGCUCCUAACCCAUAUGGAAGACAAACUCUGCAUCGACAAAAGCAGGGUUUUCUCAGCAGGCAAAUCAAAUGGCGGUGGUUUCACCGGCGUCAUCGCCUGCAAUGCCACCGUGGGAAGCCGGUUCGCCGCCUUCGCAGCUGUCAGUGGUGCAUGGUAUGACACCGACGACAUCGAAGGCGUGGGCCCUUGUGCGCCUGCUGAGCGCGCCGAGGGAUAUCCUUUCCUUGAGUUCCAUGGCACGACGGAUACCACUGCGCCUAUUGAUGGGAAUACGAAGAAGAGUCCCAAGUUGCCGGUCAUUGAUAUCCUGCAAGGCUGGGCUGAUCGAAAUGGGUGUGGUGAGAAGGCUCAGUGGGCUAGGAACGAGACUGUGUUUGAGAACCCGCUCGUUAAGCAUGCUUCUUGGGAUUGUGGUAGCAAGACCGGUAUUGUUCAGCAUUAUCGUGAAGGCCAGAAUGGUCAUUGCUGGCCUAGUACUGUUGGCAAUGAUGACUAUGAGCGUUUGGCUAGUCAAUGUCCUCUCGGGAAGUAUGUCUUUAAUGCCACUGAGUACAUUUUUGACUUCUUUUCUGGAUAUCGUCUGGACGCGUGA